AAAAGUACACCUUCCUCAAACACCAAAGAAUGGUACACAUCGAAAUUAGGGCCUUAUUUCGACAAAUACACCAUAAAACAAAUAAUUUUGUAUUUGACGAAAGUGCCCACACGCGCCUAUGCCGUACAGCAGUGGCUGCCCCUUUUGUUCGCUGGAGUUCCUAUCACAAUGAAAUUACUGUCGUGUAAACCAUUUACCCCACAUUUCUUGUGAUAAUAUAGUAUUUUAUAUGAUUAAUACAUCGAUCUGCAAUCGUCCCAUUUACCGAGCUGGAGUGAGAGAUUUUGCAGCACGCAAGCUUGAGGAGCCCUGAGUAAUGUAAGCUUGAACAGCUCCUGUCCCAGCAGUGGCCAUCGGCACAAUGGGGCUGGACUUUGACGUGAAGACUUUCUGCCACAACCUCCGAGCCACCAAGCCCCCUUACGAGUGCCCAGUGGAGACCUGUCGCAAGGUCUACAAGAGCUACAGCGGCAUUGAGUACCACCUCUACCAUUACGACCAUGACAAUCCCACGCCUGCACAGGGCAUGCCCCAGAAGAAGAGGAAGGGGCGUCCCCCUCGCAUGUCCCUGGUGGGGACCGGGGACGGGGAGGGAGGGCUGGGAAAGGGAGGUGGGCCAGGGCAGGCAGGGAACACCCCUGGGAGUCCUAAUCAGUCAGAGCACUCCCACUCCCCAGGCAGGGAGACGAUGACCUAUGCCCAGGCCCAGCGCAUGGUGGAGCUGGAGAUCCAUGGACACAUCCACCGCAUCAGCAUUUUUGAGAACAUUGACGUGGUAUCGGAGGAUGACAGUGGGGCCGAGGACCCUCCAUCCUCGGGCGGAGGUGGGGGAGGGUUGUGUAAUGGGGGCGACAGCGGGGGAGGAGGGAGUGAGGUGGGGGGCAAGGACAGGCCAGACACCCCUGCUGCUAACGGGGGGAAGGCCACACCCAAGUCCGGGAAGCACAAGAGUAAAGAGAAGAAGAAGGAGGGAUCGUCACACCACCACAGCGCUUCCUCUGGCCCAGCAGUCAAGCUGCCUGAGGUGGUGUACAGAGAGCUUGACCAGGAGAGGCCCGACGCACCCACACGACAGUCAUCUUAUUACAGGUACAUAGAUAAGUCGGUGGAGGAGUUGGAUGAAGAGGUGGAAUAUGACAUUGAUGAGGAGGACUAUAUCUGGCUGGACAUCAUGAAUGACAAGCGGCGUAGUGACGGGGUGACGCCCAUCCCCCAGGAGGUGUUUGAGUAUCUCAUGGACCGGCUGGAGAAGGAGUCCUACUUCGAGAGCCACAACAAGACGGACCCCAGCGCCCUGAUUGACGAGGACGCCGUCUGCUGCAUUUGUAACGACGGCGAGUGUCAGAACAGCAACGUGAUCCUGUUCUGUGACAUGUGUAACCUGGCCGUGCACCAGGAGUGUUACGGCGUGCCCUACAUCCCUGAGGGCCAGUGGCUGUGUCGCCGCUGCCUCCAGUCCCCCAGCCGCGCCGUCGACUGUGCCCUCUGCCCCAACAAGGGUGGGGCCUUUAAACAGACAGAUGAUGCACGCUGGGCCCACGUGGUGUGUGCCCUCUGGAUCCCCGAGGUGUGUUUUGCCAACACAGUCUUCCUGGAGCCCAUUGACAGCAUCGAGCACAUCCCCCCGGCGCGCUGGAAGCUCACCUGCUACAUCUGCAAGCAGCGCGGCUCAGGGGCCUGCAUUCAGUGCCACAAGGCCAACUGCUAUACAGCCUUCCAUGUGACCUGUGCCCAGCAGGCCGGCCUCUACAUGAAGAUGGAGCCCGUCAGGGAGACCGGCGCCAAUGGCACCUCAUUCAGCGUCCGCAAGACCGCCUACUGCGACAUCCACACCCCGCCCGGCUUAGCACGCCCACUCGGAGGGGUGGGAGGGGCUAGCAUGGGCUCCUCCCACAGUGAAGGCGAGCUGGAAGAGGACGAUGAGCCCAGUAUAGGUCACGAUGACGACACCAAGGGCUGGAGCUCAGAGCGGGCAAAGAGGGCCAAGGCCAAGUCCAGACUGAAGAUGAAGAGAGCCAGGAAGAUACUGGCUGAGAAGAGGAACGCUGCGCCUGUGGUGUCUGUGCCCUGUAUACCCCCACACAGGCUCAGUAAGAUCACCAGUAACCUGACAGUGCCCAGGAAGAGCCAGUUUAUGCAGCGACUGCACAGUUACUGGACCCUGAAGAGGCAGAGCCGAAAUGGUGUCCCUCUGCUGCGCCGGCUCCAGACCCACCUGCAGUCACAGCGCAACACGGAGCAGCUACAGCCACAGCCGCAGGCGCCACAGUCGCAGGUUACCACAGUAACCACCACACAGUCUCUGUCUGGUGUUGUUAUCACAGCGAGGGACAGUGAGGAGAAUAACUUGGCUCUGAAGGAGCAGCUGAAGGCAUGGCAGAGACUGAGACAUGACCUGGAGAGAGCCAGACUACUGGUGGAGCUCAUCCGCAAGAGAGAGAAACUCAAGAGAGAGACAAUCAAGGUGCAGCAGAUGGCGCUAGAGAUGCAGCUGACUCCCUUCCUGGUCCUGCUGAGGAACACACUGGAACAGCUACAGGACAGAGACACCAGCAACUUCUUCACUGAGCCUGUCCCCCUGGCCGAGGUGCCAGACUACCUGGACCACAUCGAGAGGCCCAUGGACUUCCAGACCAUGUGGAACCUACUAGAGGCUCACCGCUACCUCAGCUUUGAAGCCUUUGAGGCAGACUUCGGCCUCAUCGUCAACAAUUGCCUCAAAUACAACGCCAAGGACACAGUGUUCUACCGCGCUGCUCUGCGCCUCCGGGAGAUGGGUGGGGCUGUGAUCAGGACUGCCCGCAGACAGGCAGAGCGAAUCGGCUUGGACUAUGACACAGGUAUGCACCUCCCUCGAGAGCCCAGCCCGGACAGCCAACGUGACAGAGAGAGGGACAGGGACCAGGAACGAGAGAGGGACAGGGACCAGGAACGAGAGAGGGACCGGGAUCAGGAACGAGAGAGGGACGGAGACGGAGACAGGCCGCUCUCUUCCAAUGAGGAUGACCUGCUCUUACCAGAGAACCGGCGGAGGCUGCCAUUGGAGGAGCAGCUGUGUUUCCUUCAGGCGCGCUUUGAUGAGGUCAGCUCAGGGAAGCACAGCAUUGGUCGGUCGCGGCGUGCCAAAGCCCUGAGGAAAGAAAUGACGGUCAUCAAGAGGAAACUUGCCCACCAGAGAGAGGGAGGUUUGGGCAUGGGGGGCAGGGACUCAGGGGGCGGGGGGGACAGGGGACCAUCCCUCCCCCAUCACCCCUCAUCCACGGGACGCCACGACGAGGGGGAAGAGAGCAGCAGUCAGGAGAUCAGUGGCAAGGAUUUAAGUGCAUCGUCCUCUGCUCUAGCUCCAGAGGUUGGACGUCGUACCUCUGUCCUCUUCUCCAAGAAGAACCCCAAAAUGGCCGGACCCCCCAAGAGGCCGGGCCGUCCCCCUAAGAACAGAGACGCGGGACACGGAGGGGCAGGGGUGAGCCCCAGUCCAAUAGGUCCCCCUCAGCUGGCCCACUUGUCUCCCCCUCGGCAGAGGAAGAGACCCCACAGCAGCUCCAGCUCCGAGAGCGACAGUGAUAUCGACAACCUCCUCCCGAGCCUGCCCACUAACGGUUUUGGCGGGGCCAACCAGCCGGUGACUGAGAGUUUUCGGGUGUACAGGAACGAGAGGAGCCUUCCUCGAUCCAGCUCUGACUCUGAAUCCACCAGCAGCAGCAGCAGUAGUGCUGCCUCUGACAGAACCAGUACCACUCCGUCUAAGCAGGGCCGGGGGAAGCAGUCGUUCUCUCGUUCAGCCUUCCAGGAGGACAGCAGUGAGGAGACAUCAGGGACAGAGAACGACUCUUACUCUGUGGGAGGGUCACGCAGUGUCUCACACUUAGGGUGGGGCCGGGGCCGAUCAGGUUGUAGGACGCCAUCAGAUGACUACUCUUCCCUUGAUGCUCUGGACCUGGUGUGGGCCAAGUGUAGAGGCUACCCUUCAUACCCUGCUUUGAUCAUAGAUCCUAAAAUGCCCAGUGAGGGGGUAUUCCACAGAGGGGUUCCUAUCCCCGUGCCCCCUCUGGAAGUCCUGAAGCUGGGGGAGCAGAUGACCCAAGAGGCCCGGGAACACCUCUUCCUGGUACUCUUUUUCGACAACAAGAGAACCUGGCAGUGGCUGCCGCGUUCUAAGCUGGUUCCUCUGGGGGUGGACCGGGAGCUGGACAAGGAGAAGAUGCUGGAGGGAAGGAAGUCCAACAUCCGCAAGUCAGUGCAGGUGGCCUACCACCGCGCCAUGCAGCAUCGCAACAAGGUCCAGGGAGACCCCAGCAGCGACACCAGCGACAGCGACUGAGCACUCGCACACAUAUGCACACUCACACAGAUAUGCCCAACACACACACAUGUCUUUGCUGGCCUCCCCAGGUAUUGAUAGGGUAUUGGUUUCAGAUCUGUGGGUUUUGAUCUACCCUGUGGCCUUGGAGAGCCUAGCACCCAGCACACAGAACAAUAUGCCAGUAAUACCUAUUGGAAAGCACAUGCAACACUCUCUUUCCAACACACACACGUUGUUGGCACACACAGUGGUAUUUAAUCUGAGAUGUAAAAUAUGUAUCUAAUAGAAUUGAAACAAAGGUAUUAAGAAAAAAUGAUAUUCCCAGAAUCAUGAUUCUGAUAUGAGUGUUUACCAGCGACUGAAGAACAUGGGCUGCAGAAGUUCGCAUCACACAGAUAUAUGCACACACACACACACACACACACACAUGCAUAUAUACAGUUGAAGUUGGAAGUUUACAUACACUUAGGUUGGAGUCAUUAAAACUCGUUUUUCAACCACUCCACACAUGUCUUGUUAAAAACUAUAAUUUUGGCAAGUCGGUUAGGACAUAUACUGUGUGCAUGACACAAGUAAUUUUACCAACAAUUGUUUACAGACAGAUUAUUUCACUUAUAAUUCACUGUACCACAAUUCCAGUGGGUCAGAAGUUUACAUACACUAAGUUGACUGUGCCUUUAAACAGCUUGGAAAAUUACAGAAAAUGAUGUCAUGGCUUCUGAUAGGCUAAUUGACAUCAUAAGUGUCAGUUGGAGGUGUAUCUGUGGAUGUAUUUCAAGGCCUACCUUCAAACUCACUGCCUCUUUGCUUGACAUCAUGGGAAAAUCUAAAGAAAUCAGCCAAAAAAUGGUAGAACUCCACAAGUCUGGUUCAUCCUUGGGAGAAAUUUCCAAACGCCUGAAGAUACCACAUUCAUCUGUACAAACAAUAGUACGCAAGUAUAAACACCAUGGGACCAUGCAGCCGUCAUACCGCUCAAGAAGGAGACGAGUUCUGUCUCCUAGAGAUGAACGUACGUUGGUGCGAAAAGUGCAAAUCAAUCCCAGAACAACAGCAAAGGACCUUGUGAAAAUGCUGGAGGAAACAGAUACAAAAGUAUCUAUAUCCACUGUAAAACAAGUCCUAUAUUGACAUAACCUGAAAGGCCGCUCAGCAAGGAAGAAGCCCCUGCUCUAAAACGUCACAACAAAAGCCAGACUACAGUUUGCAACUGCACAUGGGGACAAAGAUCGUACUUUUUGGAGAAAUGUUCUCUGGUCUGAUGAAACAAAAAUAGAACUGUUUGGCCAUAAUGACCAUUAUGUUUGGAGGAUAAAGGGGGACGCUUGCAAGCCGAAGAACACCAUCCCAACCGUGAAGCACGGGAGGUGGCAGCAUCAUGUUGUGGGGGUGCUUUUCUGCAGGAGGGACUGGUGCACUUCACAAAAUAGAUGGCAUCAUGAGGUGGGAAAAUCAUGUGGAUAUAUUGAAGCAACAUCUCAAGACAUCAGUCAGGAAGUUACAGCUUGCUUGCAAAUGGGUCUUCCAAAUGGACAAUGACCCCAAGCAUACUUCCAAAGUUGUCCUUAAGCCAUUUUGCCACAACAAAGUCAAGGUAUUGGAUUGGCCAUCACAAAGCCCUGACCUCAAUCCUAUAGAAAAUUUGUCGGCAUAACUGAAAAGGCAUGUGUUCUGAGGAAGGAGGCCUAGAAAACUGACUCAGUUACACUAGGUCUGUCAAGAGGAAUGGGCCAAAAUUCUCCCAACUUAUUGUGGCAAGCUUGAGGAAGGCUACCCUAAAUGUUUGACCCAAGUUGAGCAAUUUAAAGGCAAUGCUACCAAAUACUAAUUGAGUGUAUGUAAACUUCUGACCCACUGAGAAUGUGAUGAAAUAAAUAAAAGCUGAAAUGAAUCAUUCUCUCUACUAUUAUUCUGUCAGGAGUUGUGAAAAACGGAGUUUAAAUGUACUUGGGUAAGGUGUAUGUAAACUUCCGACUUCACCUGUACAUUCAAACAGGGCAAUGCAUGUGCACACACGCAUCCACACACCCUUUGGUGUGCACUUAUGGUUCCACAGUAUCACUGGUCCAACACCCUCUCUACACCACUCCCUCUGCCCGCCCCCUCGGAUCCCCGUGUCCAAUCACGGCCAAAUGGAACACGGGAUUGGCCGGCAUGGCCAAUCGGCUGUAAGCAAAGCAGCUUCCUCUGUUAUUUAUUCCGUCUCCCAAGGACCUCCAGUCUUCUUCUCUCUACUAGUCUGACGGACCGUCUACACAACAUUGCAUUGUGCAGUCGUUUCCUCUACUCUUCCGUAUGUGUUUAUUUUGUUUCUUUAGUUUACGUAUCUUUUUGUUCUUGUCCGUUUGUACUAUUCUGGCCACUGGCGAAUAAUGAAGACUAAUGUAAAUGUGAUCAGAAACACACGCCAGCCUCACUGUUCUAGUCUUGGGCCAAUGGCUUUAGGACUUUUUAUAUAUACAGAUUACAUAAAAUAGAAGUUUAAUAAAAUAAUUGAGUUUUGUA